AUGCCAUUUCGUCCUCAGGGAGGUGGGCCUCCCGGAUUCCCUAUGCCGUUUCACUCGUCCCAGUCCCGGUCACCUCCGCAGGCUUCCUCAUCACGAGGGAUGGCGCCUGGGAUAGAUCCGUCGGGUCCCUUUAUCCCUUUUCGAGAAUCACAGUUCGAUAUUCUCGAGUGGUACCCUCAAUUUCAGUCAUGUGUCAGGUACUUUUUGGAUCACGCCCAGCACAGUGGUCCUGUACAGGCCGUUGCGGCAUUCAUAAAUAUACAAUUACCUUUUCAGAAACAGCAGCAUCCUGUUAUCUCGUCACAAUUGCCCGGAUCGCCGGCGGGCGUGUCGUCUCCGUCACCAAUUCUUCCAAUACCGAAUCGUGCACCAAUGUCUAUCUCUUUGACGCCAUACAUCCGGCGGCUAGUAGCAACCGGUUUAGAUCUUCCGGGUGUAUUGCAUGGGUUCUUUGGAGACGACUGGGUUGCCGGGAUAGGGCACCUUCAUGAAGUGGAGCGGAGAAAUUUCCUCUUUGCCGCUAAGAGUGCCGGCUGGCUGAAGGUUAAGUCACAAUACGACAUGCCGGAUGAGCAGACCAUUCCUUUCCUACGUCCUCUCCAGAACGUCACGGAGAAAGAGAUUGUUAGCGCAGAGGCAAAUUGGAGCGAGUGGCUGGCAAUGCAAGACUGGAUGGUCGGUCCUAGAUCACCUGAUGUCGAUAGAGACAUGGCAGUUGUGAAGAGCGAAGAUGCCUGA